AAUGUUGUUGUUAUUUCAAUGUCAAAAUGGCGUCAACAGCAGUCAAAAUAGGCACUCAUUUAAAGGAAUUAAGGUUUCAUUUAUGCCUCAAAUCUGCGUCGAGUAAAGGCGUCAGGUAAGCAUAUUUUCAUUUAUACUACCUUAAUCAGAACCUAUCUUUCAUCUGUUUUAUAAGACAUAUUUAGUUGCAAAUUAGUUAACUCAACCACUAACAACACAUUUCUGAAUCAGAAAUUGACAUGAUUUCAAAUUUGGUUUGUAGACAAAUGAUUGGUAAAAAAAUAAUGAUUAAUGACAUAACUAUUUUACUAUUUAGUCAAAUUUAGAAAGUUUUUUCAGUAGACAAAACUGAAUUUAAAGCAAAUUUCUGAUACCAGUUAGUUUUUAGUUUAGUAGCAACAACAUUACUAAGGCUAUGAAUCAUGAAUGAAUUUAGGUACACAUAAUUUUUUUUAAUUUAAUGAUUUAUUCAUCAUUGUGAUGCACAUUCACAUAUGGAUCUAGUUUAGAAAAUAAAAAAAAUUGUUACGCUUUGGAUUAUGAUUAUAUUAUUUAUCUCUUUGUGUGACUUGGAACGAGGCAUCUUGCCGCAUUUCAUCUAAUAGAAUGCAAACCUGAAGAUCAAGUCUCAUAGAUGAUAGGUAAUUUGAAAUUCAGACGAUGAAAAUUUAAACAACUCCUGUGAUUUAGAAUGCACAGUAUAACACACAAGACACACUGUUGGUCAUCUACUGCAUCCUGGUCUAUUUCCAGUCGUCUUGACUAAGUCUUGCCAGUGGAUCAAAUAGGCAUUAACAAGGACGCGAGGCUGACAAAUUGAGCAACUCUCUCUCACCUUAAAUAAAAUACAGCUCAAGUCCAGGCUACUGCUCAAGUCGAAAAUCGCUCUGGUCAUCUUUGCAUGCAAUGGAUGAAAAUAAUAAUAAUAAUAUUAGUAAAAAAAGUAACAAGUGUCAUUUAAACCUGAGAAAAUAUUUAAUAUGUAGGGAUAUCUUACUUUUGUUUGAGGAGGUAAUAUGAAAGAAAAUUUUUAUGGAUGAUGUCUUUCAACUUCUCACUAAAACGGUAAACUCCUCUGCCAGUUCAAUCAUUUCAUUUUAUUUUAUAUAAUUUAACCUUGUUAAAAAUAAAAAUUACAUACUUAUUCUAAUCAAAAGUCUUAAUUUUGUCACAAAAAUAAUGCUACAUUCUCAGUAAUGACUUGAAUUACUUCAGCACUUUAAAGGAUUUUUUUUAAAACUUGGUCAUUUCUUUUAAAAAAAUUUAAUGUAUAUCUAUAUAUCUUUACAGAGAAUAUUUAGAAAGCAGUUAUGUUAAUCUUAAGCUCCAAAAUCCAAAGUUCCCUUUCCUUGUCAGAGAAGCUAAUGAUAUACAGCCUAAAGUUUACGCUCGCUAUGGUAAGUGCUUUUUAUAAUUCUUUUUAUUGUACAUUACUUCGAUUCAAGUGUGAUUUGUGCAGUUUUUCUGCACCUGUUCAAAAUUCUAUGUACCGCUACAAAUCAAAAUCCCUAAUUAAGCUAGAGAUUUGAUUACUGUUGUUGAUUUUCUUAAAGUAAAUUAAGUCAAACACACAAAAAACAUGCAAAUAAAUUUUAAGUGUAGAAAUUUAAGGCUCCCAAAAGAAGUUUUUUUUAAAAAUGCACUACCUCUGUCUGUUUUGAUGUGUAAUUCUUGUUUUCUUAAAUUUAACAGGUACUUCAGUAUUUUUUACAAAUGAUCAACGUUUUCCUUUCAUUAUAAAUUAGGAAGUCUAUCUGUAUGCUUGUCUUUUGUUAAAGGUUGCUUGCUAAUUUUUUAUUUAUUUUUUUUAAUCUUAGAGCUUGGAAAAGAAUCUAGCCUUCCUCUGACCAACAUGAGUAAGGAUCAAGUUGCAAGGGCGGUUGAAAGUUUGUUAACAAAGAGCCAACACUGAAUUCUAACAGGCACUUAUGCUUGAAAUAUUUUAAGACUUUUCCUGUGAUGCAGUGAUAAUGCAUUGGCUUAUGAUUAAGUUGUGUGCAUUGUGUAGUAACAAUACAGUUAUGCAAGUUGUUCUAUUUUCUAGAAAUAAAGCAGCUUAAGAUUUUCUUUAGAUAUAUUUAGUUUUUGAUUUAUUCUUUCUUAGUCAAAUAAUUACACUUCAUGUCUUCUUUUCCAAGAAACAAUAUAGUUUAUUUGUUUACCUUCUUGUCUGUUAAUUUUAAUAAAGGAGAAGUUUAAAAGAUACCAGGCUUCAGUUUAAGAAUCAAGAAUCUUUAUUAAAAGAAAGAAAAAAAACUGAACAUUUUACAGACCAAUUUAAAAAUCUAUUUAUAUGCAGUAAAGAAAUUUCAUAAGUACCGGGUAGCCUCAAGAAUAUGAUUGACAGUUGCAGUAUAAGUGGUAAACAGAGACUUUAAGGAUGUUCUUUUUCUAAAAUGUUUCUAAUAUGUUUGAAAGUAAUUAAAAUCUGGAAUAAUAUGACAACUAUAAUUGGCCUUCAAAUGCACCUCAAGAUGGUUGGUUUUCAAAUUCUAGACAGCUCAUUUUCGAAUUGCCCCCCUUAACAAUCAAAUUGCCCCGCUGGGGGGCGUGGGCCUCAUGUUGGGAAACACUGCCCUAGAAUAAUCUGGUGGUCAAUGUGUAAAUAUUCACAGUUUGCUUAGAUCCAUUUUAAAUUAAUUUUGAGCUCAACCUUUUAGUCUAAUUCCCUUUUUUACUUAAAAAGAGGCAUGUGUCUUAUGACUUAUAUUUAUUUGAGAUCUUAAUAAGUUCAAUAAAUAAUGUUCCAAGUUUUCUUGUGGCUCUUUGUGCAAUUCUGGUAACCCUAGCAUCAUUUAUCAUGUAACAAAGAGGCUAAUACAACAAGAGUAUGUUAUUAAAUAUAUGGCCCAGCACUGAAGUAAAUCAGUAAGAAACCGUAACAAAGAAAGAUCAACUGAGACAGUACAAGUAAUAAUUUGACAUACUAUAUUUAUUUACAAAAACCAUGAAACAAAUCAGUUACACCAUGAAAAUGUGG